AUUGUUCUCUUCCCUACAAUCCCACCAACCACCUUGGUCUCUCUCAACCAUUCCAACCUCUCAACCAGCACAUGCAAAAGCAUUAUGGCUCCAACUCUUUCACCUCCUCUGGCAGCUUGACUUUCCCACCACAACACAUAAUAAGACAGGAUGGCCCUUGGGACCCCAUCACCCCAUUCCUCCCAAUUCCUCGGCCACCUGUCUUUCCUCCUCCUCCUCCUCUUCCUCCUCACCACCCACCACCAUGCCACCGCCACCAACAGCGUCCACCUCGGCGUCGUUCGAAAACCCGCUGCCAACGUCCCCAUCUUCCGCGAAGCCCCGGAGUUUCGCAACGGCCACACAUGCAACAAAGAAAGAAUCCACGUUUCCAUGACAUUGGACUCAAACUACCUCAGAGGCACCAUGGCCGCUGUCCUCUCCAUCUUGCAGCACUCCACGUGCCCCGAAAACGUCGAGUUCCAUUUCCUCUGGGCCAGGUUCGAGCGUCAGGUUUUCUUAAGCAUCAGGUCCACCUUCCCCUACCUCAAGUUCAAAAUUUACCGCUUCGAGUCCAAUAGGGUACGCGGCAAAAUCUCCAAAUCCAUUCGCCAAGCGCUCGACCAGCCAUUAAACUACGCGCGAAUCUACCUCUCCGACAUCCUCCCAGGUUACGUGAAACGCGUGAUAUACCUCGACUCCGACAUCGUUGUCGUGGACGACAUCGCCAAGCUUUGGGAGGUUGACUUGCAGGGCAAGGUGCUAGCGGCGCCGGAGUAUUGCCACGCCAAUUUCACGGACUACUUCACGGACUUGUUCUGGAACGACCCUGAGCUUUCUGGCACGUUCGAGGGUCGGAAGCCAUGCUACUUCAACACGGGGGUUAUGGUGAUGGACGUGGAGAAGUGGAGGGAGGGGAAGUACACGGAGAAGGUGGAGUCGUGGAUGGCGGUGCAGAAGCAGAAGAGGAUAUACCACUUAGGGUCUUUGCCUCCGUUUUUGCUUGUUUUGGCUGGGGAAUUGAAGAGUGUGAACCAUAGGUGGAACCAGCAUGGGUUGGGAGGGGACAACCUUGAAGGGAAGUGUAGGAGUCUACAUCCUGGGCCUAUUAGUUUGCUUCAUUGGAGUGGGAAGGGAAAGCCUUGGUUGAGGUUGGAUUCCAGGAGGCCUUGCACUGUUGAUCAUUUGUGGGCACCCUAUGAUCUCUAUCGCCCUAAUACUCAUUCUUUGGAAGAAUGAAAAUGGACGGGGAGGGAGGUGGUGGUUGAGAAAUUAUUACCAAGUUUUGUUCUCGAUCAAUCUUCACGUAACGUAUACUCGAGUUUGAAUUUAACUUUAUGACAAAAAAACAUGUUGUAAAAUUCGAUUACGUGUAGAGAUUAAUCAGGACCAUGAUUGUCUCAAACUAUGUUGAGAUUGAUCAGGACCAUUAUAGUAUCAAACCACGUAAUAAUUUCUUGACGAGGUAAAGGGUAGGGGUAAAUUAAAGCCAACUCAAUGAAAUCACAUGUUGCAUAAGGGUCAUUGGGAACUGGGAAGCCUAGAAAACAGGAAAAUCCCAAGAGGGAGGUUGAUAGAGAGGGGAGAAAUUAGAACGUACAACAAAGUUUGCAUGGUGAGGAAGAAAAAGGGAAGACCAGGCUUUGAUUGCAAUAGUCUUUGUUGAAGGGGAACCAGAAAGCAAGGAGCGAUCGGUUAUGUGUUUAUUUUAUUUUCUAAUAUAUUGGGUUGAAUGAGAACGUUCAUUGGGCAAUGGUUGUGGACGAUGGUAUCAUUUGCAUCAGUGACUGCUUUCCGGAUCGAUGAAUCUCGUCCAAAUUAAAGUGUCCAUAAAAUGAUAUUAUGAAUUUCAAUUAUCUUUUAAACAUCUUGAUAGAUCUUGUACAUCCUUGUUCAGCUCAAUUGCUGUUAGAAGACAUUUUCCAUUUCUUUCA